GAAACGGUUCCUGCUGCUGAACUCCACCUCUGUCCCUUGGAAGCCUUUAUGGAAGCGACACUUUCUUUUUAGGAUCUCUGUUAAUGCUCCGUUUUGCCGACUCGCGAGGUACUAUUUUACUCCUCUGCUCUAUUCCAAUAUUGUUUUCUCUACCUUGCUUAUCUUCCUCUGGAACACAGCAGGCCCUGGUGAUACUGAAGGUGCCUAAGCCAGCUGUUUCCUGAAGGAAUUCAGAGUGUUGCUCAUGUGGGAAUGUUUUUGUGAGCUGUGGGUGGGGGUGGAUGAGGAGAUCAGCCUGUCCUGCCUAAGAAUUGCAGCAUCGUUUGAAGACUAUCACUCAGAACAAGCCUGUUGAUGCUUAUUACCUUGAUUACCAUCAAUCCAACCAUGUGCUGAUCCAUAAAUACUACAAGAUUCUCACAGCACAAAGUCAACCUCAGACAGGUUCCAGCAGUAGUUUACAUCCCUGUAAACACUUAUCCAAUGGCCCACCCAUACGAGCCUUGGUUUCGGUCAGGGCCACAUGGAGGCAGCAGCGAGGAUCUAACAAUGCCAUCUUGGUGGGACAUGCAUGCGGGGACAGGAAGUUGGAUGGAAUUGCAAGGUGGCUCAGGGGGACUGCAGGGUGUAGGCCAGGGUGGUACGAUGGGUCUGCAGCCUCUGGGAGCUUACACCUCCGACACUCAGUUAUGCAGCCUGCCCCCGAGUCAGCUAACUCCAGCGCCACACCCCUCACUGCCUUUCCCUCAGGAUACCUUUAAGAUGGAAUCUGUAGGGCCAGAACUGUUGCAGCAGCAGCAGUCCUUGGAGCAACCAUUGGACAAUGGUGCCGGCACUCGACCUAAAUCACAGCGUCGGUCAGCUUCUCGGGGCUCAGGACAAGCCAUGUGCCGCUGUCCCAACUGCAUCGAUGCCGAGCGAUUGGGACCCUGUGUAGACGGAGUCAAGAAAAAACAUCUGCACAACUGUCAUAUUCCAGGAUGUGGCAAGUCCUACGCAAAGACCUCCCACCUGAAGGCCCAUCUUCGAUGGCACAGUGGAGACAGGCCCUUUGUCUGUAACUGGUUAUUCUGCGGAAAGCGCUUCACCCGAUCUGAUGAGCUGCAGCGCCACCUGCUGACCCAUACUGGCGCCAAGAAGUUUACUUGCACUUUGUGCAGCCGCAUCUUUAUGCGUGGUGAUCACCUCACAAAGCAUAUGCGCACACACGAUUCACCACGCACUGAGGAGGACGAUAGGGAGGGCGGAGGUCCCCGGCUGGGAAAAUGCUGCGAUGCGUCAUCACCUCUCCACCCUCCUAAUGCUUCUCCUAGCACACGGGAGGCCCCACAUGAUCCCAAAAGCGAACCAGCUAUGAUCAGCUCUACACUGAGUGGACAGGCUGACUGAAGGCACCUUGUUUAUAUUAAGUAUUAGACUUUUAAAACAGUGCAUAUUACUGCUAGAAGUGAGACAGUUGGAUGGGUUUUAGAAAGGCCUAAAUAAAGUAAGUGUUUAUUAAAAACAAAUUACUGUAGCUGUUAUCUCAACAACUACAAUUUGUCCAAGAGAAGUGCAAACCCCGCAUUUCAUCAUAAGAUGAAUGAAUGCCUUCAUGCUAAUUUGAACAAGAUAAAACUUGCAGUACAUGAAGAUAUCCGAAUGAUCUGAUAUCUGAAUGCAGUUUCUUUAAAUGCACACUGAAUUAAAAGUUUAAAAGUGCUAUUUACAGAUGUCAGGCAAAGAGCAUCUCAUAUUCUUUUUUCUUUCUAAAGACAAGUUUGAGUUCUCCCUUAAUCCAUUGCAUGAACAAAUCUAAACAAACAUAUUUCUGGUGAUUCAUACGUCAUCAAGCUAAUACUGGUUCAAAUAACAUUUAAAUUUUAUUCAUUUAAUGUUCAGAGCUCCAUGACAAAAUCAGCUCUCACUUGUCGAUUUCAAAAAAUUUAUUGAACAUUUCCAGUAUUUAGAUAUUUUUUUAUUUUUAGGUAUUUGUAUUUUAAGGAAAACAAGAAAGUAUGAAGCAUUUUGAUAAAAAAAAAAAAAUAGAAAUAUUUCUGUCAGCAGGUGUUUUUAACCAUUUUUAUCUUUUUACUAGGGCAAUUCACAAAUCUUGCUUAAUAGCACUACAACACAGCUACAGCACUACACUAGUACAUUAUCUGCAGUUGCCAUUACAUAACUUUCAAAAUGCACAAAAAGUAAUGCAUGCUUCGACAAUUUUUACAUUUCUAUUGUAAAUGUUAACUGAGUAUUUGUUUUGAAAAAAAAAAUUAGAAUAACAUCACUGGCAAUUUUCUGACAGUUUUCAUACUGACAAGUAGUGCAUUUAGAAAUAGGCACAAUGUUUACAUGUAAAAUACAUUAUUGUAUUCAUAUUUCUUGUUUGAAUCCUUUAUUUUCCAGAAUAAAUUAGAAGUUAGACAUUUAGAGGAAUAACUUAGGGUUCAGUUCAUAGAUUUUAGACCACUAUACCGUAAGGACUAUACUGUUGUGUUUGUUUAUCCACCUGUUCUUUAAAUAGAACAUCACCUUGUAGAAACACUAUUUGGAUCAUGAACACCAUAUAAUGCUUAAAUGGAAAAAUAAAUGAAACAUUUGAGCAUGGUGGCCCAUAGUGUAGGUAUGUUGUUUCGUCCCUCUGGGCUUGAGGUCAUGAUUCCUGCCCCAUAUUGUGUCUGUGGAGUUUGCCUUCUCUUCCUCCGGUUUGCAGGGCCACAGUCCAAACGAAUACAGUUAGGUGCCUUGGUACAUAACUUGUCUUUAGUGCAGUGUUUCUCAAACCGGUCCUAGAGGACCCCCAGACAGUCCAUGAUUUUGCUCCUUCCUUAUCGUGUGUAUGUGUGCCCUGUGAUAGACUGGUAUCCUGUCUAGGGCAGGUCCUACCUUGUGCCCUGAGUUUCCUAUAAUAGACUCCAGGCCUGUACUGUACUGGAUAAGCCAUUAUGCAUGAUGAAUGGAUGGUUUCUUCGUCUUGAAAACAGAUUUUUCUCACUGUCCAUUAAUUUCCAUUUAGAAAAGAUGUAUUCUUAAACACUUUCAGUGUUUUGACGGCUAAGAAUUUAUGUU